UGUUAUAUCACCACCAUAUCUCAAACCAUGGAGCUGAAAAUCCCUCCACCUGUAACCUCCGGCUCACUCACCUUCAAGGUGAACCGACGGGAGCCAGAGUUAGUAUCCCCGGCCAAGCCAACACCGAGAGAGCUCAAACUCCUCUCCGACAUUGACGACCAAGAAGGACUCAGAUUCCAUAUCCCCUCUAUCUUUUUCUACAGAAACAACCCUAAUGCUUACUCUGAUCCGGUCGCACUGAUUCGGAGAGCCCUGGCCGAAACGCUGGUCUACUACUACCCGUUGGCCGGUAGGCUCCGAGAAGGACCGAACCGGAAACUCGCAGUAGACUGUACAGGCCAAGGCGUCUUAUUCAUAGAGGCAGAUGCUGACGUUACACUAGCUGAGUUUGAAGAGAAGGAUGCUCUUCGUCCUCCCUUCCCUUGCUUUGGAGAACUUCUCUUUGACGUAGAAGGUUCAAGUGAGGUUCUCAACGCGCCUUUGGUUCUUAUCCAGGUCACGCGUCUGAGAUGUGGCGGGUUUAUCUUCGCCAUCCGUCUCAACCACGUAAUGGCCGACGCGGGAGGUCUCUCACUCUUCAUUAAAACGAUUGGCGAGUUCGCACGUGGAUGUCACGCUCCAACGAUCCCUCCGACUUGGGAACGUCACCUUCUGAGCGCCAGAGUCCCGCCGCGUGUGACACAAACGCACCGCGAGUACGACGAACCGGCUACGGCAGAGACGGAACCCGCCACUGGAGACGGUGAGACUCUGGUCAGCAAGUCGUUCUUCUUCGGCGGCGCAGAGAUGUCAGCCAUAAGGAGGCUCCUCUCACCGGAUAUAGCCAAAAGCAGCACCGGUAUUGAAACGCUGACGGCGUUCCUGUGGCGUCAUCGCACCGCCGCUCUACGACCCGACCCGAACAAGGAGAUGCGAGUUAUAUUCAUAGUCAACGCGCGUCCCAAGCUCAAAAACCCAACGUUACCUCGUGGAUACUACGGAAACGCGUUUGCGUUCCCAGUCGCAAUCGCAAACGCCAGAGACCUAGCGGAGAAGUCGUUAGAGUUCGCUUUGAGACUGGUGAAGGAAGCUAAAGCGAGCGUGACUGAGGAGUACAUGCGAUCGCUUGCGGAUCUGAUGGUGGCCAAGGGGAGACCAGCGUUCUCUACGGACGGAGCUUACUUGAUAUCUGAUGUGAGAAACUUUUCGGAUAUCGAUCUCGGAGUUUGGGGUAAACCGGUUUACGGAGGAAUAGGUACGGCUGGAGUUGUGGAUUUUCCCGGGUCUAGUUUCUACGUUUCGGUUGAGAACAGGAAAGGUGAGAGAGGGAUUCUUGUACCUGUUUGUUUGCCGGAGAAGGCUAUGCAAAGGUUCGUGGAAGAGCUCGAGGGAGUGUUUAAUGGUCAGUCUGUUGUGUCCAGCACUGGAGGAAACAAAAGCCAUGGUAAACUGAUCGUGUCUUGUCUGUAAAACAUUAAUGAUAAACUAUAUUUUAAUUAACGAGGAACUUCAUACCAAGUUUGGCGCAUGUCUUUUAUUUGGCAAAAAAUAAAAUAAAAAUUGUGGCGCAUGUCUUUUACUUUCGAUGUAAGAUAUUUUCUUUUACAGAAUUGUUAUAUUUUCAGUUUA